AUGACUACGGAUUCUGCUCUAUCACAUCACUCAACUGAGUCACUGGUCCUCGCAACAAAACGCCGAUUUUUCCCUUUCAAGAUACCCAACUUCCACCAACAACUUCGCCACUAUAUCAGUACCGCUGACGCGGACAGAAUCUACUUAGUCGCUGACAGAGUGAUAUAUUCGAUUCACAUUUCGUCGCAAAAGCGAGAGACUAUAGCCGUCAUACCGUUUGAACCAAAAUGUCUCACCGCGGGGUAUGGUUGGAUAGGUGUCGGGGGCUCCGAUAAUGGAGAGUGCGCCUUUGUACGGAUCGCUGAUCGGACCGCACGUGGCGAUACAUCAGUCUUGCCGUCCUCAGAUGUCGAUAGUGCCUUACCCAUUAACCUGGAACCUCCAACAAGGCUUUCCCCUCCUUGGCCGUCUCGAGGAGAGCCUGAGUCGACUCGCCAGGCUUUAAUACCGCUUAUGCCCGAGGUACAGUUGCACAAGUUCGGCGGCAGCAUUGUGAACUCGGUGACUGUUCACCGGUUACCGGGUGCCGACAAGGGAUUUGCUGAUGAGGACAUUAUGAUCCUAAGUAAUAAUGACAAGACUGUUACGAUCUAUUCUCUGACUCGGUCGAAGGUUCUCAAGGUCCUUCCUCACCAAGCAUGCAUGAAUUAUGCUAUAAUGUCCCCGGACUCUACUCUACUCGCUGCGGUUGGAGAUGAGACUCGUGCAUAUUUCUACGAUGUUACAUGUGAUUAUGAGACAACGAUUCAGACAGACAACGGUGAGAAGCUUCCUGCAUGGGAUUGGGAUCUUAUCCGUUGCAUAGAGAUGGAUAUUGGCACGCGCUUCGAUGAUGGCUGCUGCUUCACUGUUGCAUUCUCGCCAUUCAGUAGACUGUGCGCUAUCGGUUCACAGUCGGGAGUUAUUACAGUGUUCGACGUGGCCACAGUUCGAGACACAGAAGGCGAGGCAGACGGUAAGAACGCGAUAAUAUGCAAUUUCAACUCAUCCAGGCCGUGCUGUAACGGUGGUGCUGUGCGUUGCAUGGCUUUUGCACCUGAGCCUUGGGACCUCCUGGUGUGGCUUGAAGACAAAGGACGAGCUGGGGUUGCGGACGUUCGCCAGGCUUUCAUACGCAGACAGAUUCUAAAUCUGGAUAUGAACGACCCAAAUCUGGAAGAAGUAUACACAGAGCCGAUACUAAAUGACUCUGAAGAGCUCGAAUCUGACCUUGAUGGUCGUGUUCUCGCUGAAUCUCGGCAUGGAACAGAUGCAACCCACCGAGCUAUUCUCGAUUCGAUCGAGCGUACUUCCAAUGAGCGGGGAAAUGGGGCGGAUCAUUCUCCUUUGCGUGAGAGCUUGAUACAGGACCUCACACAGAGAGAGAGGCUGAUAGUGGAAUUUUUAAAUACAGCACGUUGGACAUCGAGGUUAGAAGAGGGUCUGACUGAACGGCGAGCUAGAGUCAACGCCUCAUCGCAUCCUACACCUCGCUCACAAUUCCAAGCAUCCACCGAAGGAACUCGUCGACCAUCCCGUCCUACCUCGCCACCACACCGAAGCGACGCUCUUAUUGAUACAUUUCGGGAAAACUACCUUGGCCACGCAGGAAUCUCCAGCCGGAACUUGAAUGCAGGGCGCGACAACCAUGUAACUCCUCCACGGGGAUAUCCAGAGGGUAGUAGGUCGGUUAUUGGGGCCAAUGUUAGACCGCAGCCAAGUCUCACUCUGAGCUGGACAGCUUCGCCAUCGGAACUUCAAUCUGCCACAUUUCUUGAUCACUUGCAUCCUGUAGACCGCGAUGCCGAUGGACCGAGCAGCUCUAGUAGUGAAGAAGGUUCGGACACUCGAACACAUGAUCCUAUAACGCGCCCGUCGGCCACUGUUGAUCAUUCUAGUUCGCGACUCACAGCAUCCGAUAGUCGGCAUGACUUGGGGCGUCUUUCAACUUCAGAAUUGAGGACUAAUGUCGCGGCAGAGAGGCUUCGAAGACAACGACAAAUCAUCAACGAGGCCCAAAACAGAAACAGUCAACGCGAACAACGAUACCGUCAACAGCUCUUGGGUUUUGAGCAGACACGCUCUCCUAGAUGGAUCAGGAGUGUCUUGAACGAACUACCAGACAGGAGUCUAGGGCCCGGAGCUAGAGACCAGGAGUCAGGUAGCACGGCUGGACUGGGUUUCGGCGCUGACGGAAGGACACUGUACAUUGCCACAGUAGAUGGCAUUUUUGAAUUCCAGAUCAAUACUGCAGACCGAAAAACAUUCCCGGUUAUGUCGUAUCGAUGA